AUGGCGGGAAGUAAAGGAAACAGGAACGAGACAAGACAUUACCCCAAGACGUCGUUCACCAUCGUGGCCGACACACCGGAGAACCUGAGACUCAAACAGCAGAGUGAACUACAGAGCCAGGUGAGGUAUAAGAAGGACUUUGAGGAGAGUAAAGGUCGAGGGUUCAGCAUCGUGUCCGACACUCCUGAGAUGCAGAGACUCAGACGGACCCAGGAGCAGAUCAGUAAUGCGAAGUACCACGAGGAAUUUGAGCGUGCGCGGGGCCGAGGCUGCACGCCGGGAUUGGACGAGCCCAGCAUGGAGCGCUACCAGAGAGCCAAUCAGAUGAUAGGAGAGGCGGCGUACGGCAAAGGGAUGCACCCCCAGGGCAUGGAGACGGACAGACGGCCGGGGGGCAUCAUCGUAGCUCCAGUCCUUCCUGGAGCUUACCAUCAGCAGCAGCAGCACCACCUGCAGCAGCAACAGCAGCAGCAACAGCAGCAGCAGCAGUUUCACGGCUACAUGCAUCAGACCAGCAUGUCCUCCGUCAGAUCCGUCACCUCCCCCCCGCAGUCAGCCACAAUGCGUGUCUACCGGGCGCUUUACGACUACGCGGCUCAGGACCAUGACGAGGUUUCCUUCAGGGACGGAGACAUGAUCGUGAACGCUCAGCACAUCGACGAGGGCUGGAUGUACGGCACUGUGCAGCGCACUGGCAAGUCUGGCAUGCUGCCUGCCAACUACGUGGAGUUCUGCUCCUAAAAAACAUGGAGAACAACUAAACCCCCCCCUCACUGCGGUAACAUCAGCAGUCUGGGAUGUUCUCUCGUUGCAGAGACUGUGUUUAAACUACAAAGUUACAUCACAUACAGACGUUUAAGUGGAUUUUAAAAGCUGGAAUUAUUUGCAGUUAAUAUCAAGCUUAAGCAAUCAUACAUGAGGAAAUCAAUUGCAGACAACAAAUUAGGAAGUAUUUUCAACGUUUUUAGUCAGUUUCUACAUCCAUAAGAGCAGGAAAUAGACCAGAAUGCAAUGCAGCAACAAGUAGUGGUGAAUUUUAAUAAAGUGCAUUUACUCUACUGUUGGGUAUUUUCAUUUUAUGCUACUUAUACUUUUGCUCCUCUACACUUUAGAUGCCAACAUUGUGCUUUUUACUCCCCUACAUGUAUCUGGCAGCUUUAGUUACUUUACAUAAUCAGAUUACUAGCUAAUACAAAACGUAUGUAUGAAACUUAAACAGUUAAUAUCGCAGAACAUCACAGACUUCUGGUCUCCCCUGGAAAUGUUCCUGUGAAGGAGGGAAAGGAAAAUGAUGGACAAAGAGAGAAAGUGCAACUUCAUGGUCAUGUGUACUAGAAAUACAAACGCCUGUGGUUUGGCAUAGAAAGAGAGAAGAAGAAAAUAUUUAAAUCUAUCAGUCAACAGUCGAUGUCAAAUAUUACUAGCGAAGGACGUACUGUAAGAGCGGAUCGAUGCAUGAGGAAAGAAAAUAUGAAGGAUUGGAAGCAUCUAUAACUUUUCUAAUGACUUGAAACAAACUAUAUCAGACUUUUGACUCAGAUUUAAGGAUGCCAGAGAAAUUAAGAUGAGAGUAGUACACACAGGAAGGAAGCAGGGAGCAAACAGGGGAUACUAACAUUCACAUAAGUUACCAAGUGUCUAUUGAGCAGUCCCCCCAAAAAGCACUAUCCUCCUCUUUUAAAAAUAAAAAAUACAUAAACAAUAUGUAUUGAAUUAAAGAAUGAAGGAUUUAGAGCCAGAUAUUAAGUCUUAAAGUAUUUAGAAACUGAGUAACACAUCGAUUCGUUUGUUUUAAUUGGGUUUUAUACAAUAAACAUAUAUUACUUUUAUACACCAGAUUUCUAUUUUAAGGAUGCCUGAGAAAUGAAGAGAAAGAGUCAAAGUAAAGAUAAAAAGAAACAAAUUAAGAUGGGACAUUUAUUUUUAAGAGAUCAGUGUGAGAAUAGGGGGGAAAGAGGUAUUCAUAAAGGCGAAAUAGAAAGUGACAUUCUUUUUUUUGGGAAUGAUGCAACCAAAGGAAGGAGGGAUGAUUGGAGGUCGACGUUAGAAAAUAGGUUUGGAUUAGGUUUAGAUUUCUCAAGUUUAAUCUUUAAUUAUUUAUCCUGAUUUUGAAUUCUUGUUCAGGUGUAGUGUUUUAGUUUUUGAGUUAUUUUGACUGAUAUAAUUAGAAGGCACAGCUUCAACACUAACCUCUGUGUUUGUACUGGACUCAACUAACACACUGUGUCUAUAUUUUAGUUUUUUUUAAUUAUAAAUACAAGUUUUCACGUGUUAAUUUAACACACAGUAACAGUUUACGUGGACUUUAAUCUGAACAGACGAUGUGUGUUCGUCUUGAGAUUUCUGUAUUAGACUAUUUUGAUACACGGUCUCUGUUUAUGUUUUGGAAAGAUAUAUAUUCUAUUUUACCUGUUUGUAUCCAGUAUGUCGUGUUUUUAGGGUUUGUUGUGUGGAUUGCAUCCUGGAAUAAAACGUCACGCUGCCAUUGUUUAUCAUUCUAGCUGGAGAGUAUUUUUUACAUUAUUUAAUAAAAACUAAAUGCAAUAGUUUAUUAUUUACUGAGUAUUCAUAUGAUUUUUGGAAGAGGCAUUUUGUUAAAUUCAACAAUGUAAUUUUUUUUUGAUUUAGUCUGUCAUCACAAGUUAUACUACGUUUAUUUACAUAUUAUUUGAAAAUAUAUAUCAUUCAAUAUCAGUUGUGUUUUUUUUGCCAUAAUGAUAAUUGCAGUGUGUUUCAUGUGGUAGAAAUAAAAAUGUGUCAAAAGAA